UCUUUAUUUUAUACUUGUUGAUAUGGACUAUGUAAUAACAUGGCAUGGCUUAACAUUGUACGUCGUUAUUAUUAUCCUUAUUUUGAUUGAUAGUUUUAGGGCUGAAAAUGUACAGAUUUACAGAACAAAAGCAAAAUAUACAUGGUUCCAAGUUAAGAAUGAAUGUUCACUAAUUAGAAAUGAGUCCACAAAUAUGAGUAUUUCAACCCUCGACACUGACCUAAUGUGGACAGGUGAUAGUGCCAGAUAUCUGCCAUGGGUAGAAUACUUAGGAUGCUUUCGGUUAAAGGACAUGACGUUAGUAGACAAUAGUACAAAUGUGGAAACAGGAAAACAGUUGAAAGAGUGUUUGCUGCAUUGCAAACAAUACGAUUUUAUUGGCUUACAGCAAUCAAAGUGUGUGUGCCUUUUCUAUUUGGAGUUAACUGCUGACUAUAUUGAACAUCCAUGUAACACUAACCCAGAAAAAUGUGAUGGAGAUCUACAUGCUUUCUGUGGAGAAGAAAGUUCUACAAAUUCCUAUUCAAUAUAUCAAACAGUGAAUUUGACUGAACGAGUUGAGGAUGGAGAUUGCUUAGCUGUUGACAAAAAUAAUGAUUCAUUUAACUAUAUAUCACAAAACUGUUCGGCGCCAGCUUAUCAAAUUUGUUUGAGAGAUAGUGUAUAUUCAACGAAUUUCCUUUCGCAACACAAGUCGACAGAAACAUGGAUUGGUUCGUUUAGUUUGUGUCCAUCAUACAUGCUAGCACGUUACCGUUUGGUUUUCAAUAUUAUUAAGUCUUUAAAAAGAGGAACAUACUGGUUAUCUAAUACAAGGAGAUGGAUUCAAGGUACAUUUACAGAUCCUGAAUUCUGUGUUGCUUCUAGAUUUAAACAAGAUGGGUGUCUUCAACGGUUUCCAAUAAGGUGUGAUAAACAACUACCUGGUCUGUGUGUUGGACGUCAAGAGAUGCACGAUCGUGAAAAAAAUGGAAAUAAAAUGACGUCAACAGAUGAUACUGCACCGAUUGAUAAAUUCCUUCUCAUUUCCGUGAUUGCUGCAACAAGUUUGACAAUACUAGUGACAAUUGUAAUAGUCAUCCUCUGUAUAAGAAUGAAAAGACUACAAUCAAAUUCUUCCGAAAAUCAAAUCGUUGUUGAUGGAAAAAAUGUAGUUUAUGCACAAGUUGAUCGGUCAAUGAAUCAAGACAGAACCAUCGAUGAAGCAAGAGGACAUAAAACAGUAGAAGAUACCUAUGAUCAUAUGGAUCGUCGCUGUUUGAAUCAGAGGCCGCCCAAAGAGGAAAGCAAUUAUGAUAUGAUGUCCAAUAUAGCAACCGUAGAGGAAAAUGACUACAGCCAUACAAAUGAGACUGAGAGAGAAAGGCAGUGCUUUAUUGACGCUUCUUCGGAAUACAGUCAUGUUACUAUAGUUGGAAAGUCGGAAACUAGAGAUUAAGAAACUGACUGAGAGUUGAUAUUAUAUUCAUGAAUUGACAGGAAAUGAUAUCGAUGAGAAACUUAACAAAAUAAGAUGUCCAAAAUUUUAUUCACAGUUCAAUAUACUGUAUUUUAAAAUUAACAGGAGUCUAUGCCAUAUUUUAAACUGUUCUUCAAUCACGUCAUUAAGUGGAUUUUAAAUAAUUUAUUUCAAUAUGCUCCAUUUUCUGUGAUUUAAAGCAAAUGAUUUUCUUUCCUUAUCUGAAUGAGUCCAGUGCAAGAUAUGUUUUAUUAUACAGAGCUCAAUUGUAAUGUUUUUUUUAAGUGAAUGUCUAUGUUUUCAUACUUUCUUCUCAUUUAUUUAUUUUACAAACAAUAGAAAACGUUUUAUUUUAUCCAAACCCAGCACGUAUCACUAACCUCUAGUAUACGUCCUUGAAUCGGACAAACAUUCUCUAUGAUAUCACAAAAGUUUGUAAAAAAAUGAAAGUAACUGUAUGUGUAGAAACAAACAUAAAACGCAUGUCCGCGUUUAAUUGGGGCGUUAUCUUGCGUAAAAAUGUUAGAGCUUUAGCUUCUUGGUUUAAUAUUGCAUUUGGUGUGGAUGUUUAUUUAUUAUAACUUUUAUAAAUAAAAUGGCAAAAUGUUUGUAGUGAAAAAUAUAUUAAGAUCAUUGUUUUUCAAUAUCAUUAUUCGACGAAUAACACAUAUAUGCAAUGUAAAAAUUCACGUUUCAAUUUAUAUAUUCCGAGGCUCUGAAACCAAUCAUUCAUAUUGGCAAAAGUAAAUAUUUGUAAAAAAUUUCUGUUAUGGUUUAUACAAUCUCUAAAGUGCUAUUUCUUUCAUGUAUAUCGAGUAUCAAACAUCACCAUGUCAAAAUCUAAAAUCUUAGGAUUGGUUUUAUGCACUCGAACGUUUUUGUACAUUAUUUUUCUAUCUUUUCAAUUAUUUUUUUAACUCUCCAACUGUUGCUCCUGAGUGCACCACAUCAAAUUCAUUUCAAAAAUACGAUUCGUUUUUGGUCUAUUAUAAGUUUUUGUAUAAAUUAAUGAUUUUUUAAAAUUAUUAUUGAAAACGUACUUUUCUAAUGACCCAUCAUUUUUUUAUUUGCAUCAAUAUAUUUUUUUUUCACUGAUCUACAACUGUAAACAAGACAUAUUAUUAACAUAUAUAUAUUUUUUUAAUAUUUGUAUAAUUGCUCAUUUCGUGCCACAGCAAUUUCAAUAAAUUGUUUGAUCGAAAUUGUACGAAUUCAAAUAUUUACAUGUUACUAAAUAAAACCUCGUCGUUCGAUUUUUUUUUUUUUUUUUUUUUUGUGGAUAUGGAUGCAAAUAAAGUCCACCAUAAUUAUUUUAAAAAAACCUGUAUUGAAACUUCACUGUGACGUUGCGAUAAUUGCUAACAGUGGUUUUAAAAAGCAAUAAUUGUGUUGCUAUGUGUGGUUAUAGGGAUUAUGUGCCCUGUAUUUUUGAUACCCAUUUGUUUGAUUUGUUGCUUUGCACCGUUCUUGUUCAAGUUAAGUCAAAUGCCUUGAACAACCAAAGAAGAUAAAUGUAUGGAUAGCUAUAUAUAAAUCGCAUUCGGCGAGAUAAAAUAUCCAAAUCAUCAAAGGUAAAGCUGUUUAAA